AUGGAGAAUAGCAACUCAUUACAUUUUGAUCGGCUUACGCAAAGACAAAUAAAUAAAUUGAAGGAUGCCUUUCAAUUGAUUGAUGAGGAUGGGGAUGGCAAUAUUGGCCGUAGUGAUAUGGUAAAGAUGUUGGCAAGUUUGGGUCAGAAGGUGACCACUGAUGACGUUGGUAAAAUGUUCAAGGAAUUAAGAGAUGAAAAUGACGCAUAUAUUUCCUUUCCCGAAUUUCUUGCCCUUAUGAGCGAAAGCAUAUGUGAAUUCCCACAAGAAGAUGAGUUGAAAGAGUGUUUCGGAAUCAUUUCACAAAACAAAGAUCUAGAUCUACCGACUGAUAAAUUGAUAAAGCUAUUAGAGGAAGCUGGAUUUAAAAAUCCCGAAGAAGAAUUUAAAAGAAUAUUAGCUACUUUUUCCGCGAAUCAACAGCUUGAUGGUUCACGUAACUUCAAAUCGAAUCAAUUUAUUGACUCACUAAAUGACUAA